UAAUGCCCUUUUUCUACAUCCGUCUUGCACUUGCAGUUGAACACUGCAACCAUUAGGUCAUCAGCCGAAUUUCUUUACGAGGGGAAGUGCUCGCGUAUUGUGAAAAAAAGUGCUUUUACUAUUUUCCAUUUCCGCCUCGAACACGAGAGAAAAGUGGGCCCACGAUCGCUGUAAAAUUUGCUACAGUCGAUUAAAAAAAAUAUAUAUAUAUAUAAAUAUAUAUACAAUUAUUUUUGUAACACGAGAGGAAUUUUUCUGUAGUGUUCAAAUAUUUUUGGGUGUGAUCCGGCCGUAAAUGAUCAAAACGGUGUUGGACGCUAACACGGAACGCAUCAUGGAGUCGGAAGAAAAAGACCAUUCGACCGCGGCCAACGAUGAAGACAAUUCCUCUUCAAAUAAAAGUUCGACUCGAAAGCGGAAGAACAAAAUUGUCUAUUGCAAGUUGUGCAGGAACCAUAAAAUUUUCAGCGAGGUCAAAGAGCACAAGGACUAUUGUCACUACAAGUACUGUGAUUGCAUCAAUUGCCUCCACACGAAGCAAGAAAGAAAAAGAUUCGCGAAACGCACACGUGAGAGGAGGGCGGAAAAACUGGCGAAGCAACGAGCCGAAAAGAAUCUGCCCGCAAUACCCGUGAUGAAGCCGAAUACUAGUGACAGGCAACUUUCCAUACCAUCUCCCUCCUCCUCGAGUGGAACGAACCCAAAUCCGGACUCGGCACCAAAUUCACCGAUCGCGAUGUCAACUAUCUCUCCUGUCGUAUCUUUAAUAGGAAUAGCGACAAUCAAUAUACCUUACCUCAACCAGAACGCAGCAACACUGUUCAAGAUUUUUUAGAUCACAAAUGCUCUUAGAAACUAUUGACUGCUCGGGCGAGUACCUGGCAUAUUCUAUUUUUAAGAUCAACAGUGAUGAUGGAUUCCUUUUCCAGAGUAGCGAGUUUGAAGGCUUGAAAUUGGUGGCUAUUGAAAAUAUCAAAGAAAUCAACGAUACAAAUCUAGACCUUUACUGUCCAACAUGCCUAGUCGAAUACCAGUGUGGACGUUCCUGAAGUUCUUAUAACCCAACUAUGCUAAAAUAAGUUCAUCUCCUGCGCACUCACCUCGGUGGAUAAAUAUUUGACCAAGAACUAAAAGUGUAAAUGGUUAGAAAGCAGAAACAUACGCAAGAGUUCCUAAAGCAACAGAAAACUGAAACGUGUAUGAUAUAAUAUCUAUAUAUCUCCUGUCUGAAAAAAAAGUGAAAAGAAAAUUCAUCCUCGAGGAACAUAAAGCCAAGAUGCUUCAAGUUAAAAAAAAAAAUAAAUAAAAUAAAAUAAACGAGGCUCGUAUAGAUGUUUUUGCAAUGCAAAAUAAAUAAAGUAAUAAAAAUGAAAA